AAAAUGAAACGCUUUCUUCCAGCAGUUUCUGGUUAUGCACCAAUUCAACGUUUUGAGAAGCCUACUCCAAAAAUUUAUUAUGCCCCAGAAUGGAGAUUGGAUAAAUCUGGACGGCGAGAUGGAAAUUUGGAUAAAUAUUCUCCAAUGAAUAAUUAUGGUGUUACCCCAGAAAAAUGGGAAUAUUUAAAUAAAGUUGUUUGGCCUCCAAAUUAUGUUGUGCCUGAAACUGGGAAGCCUAAAGCUCGAGAAGUUUUUCAUGUCAAAGAAUCUGUUCAUCUCCAUCCUAAAAAGUUUGUUAAAAAUUUUUUAUUAAGGAUUGGUCCUCGACACGUUAGACAAAAUUUGGGAGAGAGGGGGGGGAUGUCUGGUAUUGGACUUGUUUAUCAUUAUUUUUUCUCUCAAUAA